AUGCAUUCCACCACCAUCCUUCUGGGUGUCUUGUUUGGCUUUCUGACACAGACGUACGCUCUUCCUGUUAAGAAUUCUACUGGAGUGCAUGAGGGGAAAGUGAGGUUGAAAAGGAAAUACUCAGAUGAAAUUACAGACCACGAUGAAAUGAAUGCAAUGGAUGUGAUCCUGACAGUCAACAGCAUGUUGCGAGCCCCCCGAGGUAUGACACUGAGAGAAGGAGAUAUUGCCAGCUCAUAUAUACGAAGUGCCAUCACCUGCCCUGGCAAUGCCUGUCUGUGGCCGAAAUCAGUGGAUGGAUUUGUUUAUGUUCCCUUCAUGCUCUCUCCACUGUACGAGGACAUGGACAGAAUCACCAUAGAAACUGGGAUGCAAGAUAUUGCCUCUGGAUCAUGUAUUAAAUUUGUUCCACGCACUCAUGAAGCCAGUUUCCUUGAUAUUCAGCCUCGAUAUGGCUGCUGGUCGUUCCUGGGGCAGACUGGAGGAAGCCAGACUCUGUCGCUGCAGAGUCCUGGGUGCAUGUUUUCAGGAGUUGCUGCUCACGAGCUCAUGCACGCUCUGGGCUUUGUGCACGAGCAGUCUCGCUCAGACCGAGACCACUACGUCUCCAUUGUAUGGAAAAACAUCAUUCCAGACCACAUCCAUAACUUCAGGAAACAGGUGACCAACAAUCUUAACAGUCCAUAUGAUUACAACUCCGUGAUGCAUUAUGGAAGAUAUGCCUUCUCUGAAGAUGGUGGACCAACUAUAAUCCCCAAACCAGAUCCUUACAUUCCCAUUGGCCAGCGAGAUGGGCCCAGUGUUCUAGAUCUUCAUAAAAUAAAUGUCCUGUAUAACUGUGGUGUCACCGAUUAACUGGAUCCAGAGUGUACAAUUCUGUCAUAUUCUGUUGUCAGGUGUGAAAAGUGGUCAAUUGUAACUUCUGGUCUCUAGAUUUUAUGGGCAUCAUUACUUUCUAGCAAUUUCAUUUUUCCAUAUUAGAUGUUCUUAUGUAUUAUUGCAAAGUCUAGCAUAGAGUACAAUCAGCUAAUCUGAGAUAAAUAUAAGGCAAACUAAAGGGGCAAGUAAGAAUUGAAAGCUUCUUUUCUCUAAUAUACAGCUUAAAAUAAAAAAAGCAAAUUGAUACAUGUUUAUGUGCCUUCUGCUGCCAAAUAGAUAACUGCAUCCAACCUCUGUAUCGGUUUGUGCCAUUUUCUGCAUCCUUCUCAACUUCUGCUCACUCUAAAUAAAGAAAAAUGCAACAGUAACAGAAUCUGUUUUACACUUUUUUUAACACCUUGGUUUUGAGGUUUUGCAUUAUGGUCCUUGAGGUUUUGUGAUAAAAACUUUCUGUUGAAACGUCGUUUUACUAAAUUUCAAUUUGACAAGAUUAUCCUUUU